AUAGGCGCAACAACCGAAGAAGACUAUAGUUUACCCCUGGAAUUGUUUUAUUAUUAUUUUUGGGUAAAAACGCAAAAUGGCCUUGGCCAAUGUGCUGCAGCUCAGCCAAAUCGCUGGCCAUGUCAUCCUAUUCAUAUUGUCGCUGUGCAUCGUUGUGCCGCUGUUCAUCAACCUCGACCAAUUCUGCGGACACUGUCUACUCUUCACGACUGGCAAAUGGCGGGAGGAGGACGGCAUGUUCGACGUCCAGUGGGCCUCUACUGGCUUCUGCAACUUCCCGCUGAUCACGGGAGUCUUCCUGCUCAUUAUCUCGGUGGUGCAGAUAUAUCGAUAUGCCCGAAUGAAGGAGGAGGCCUCGUUUAUAGCUCUGUUCAUUGAUGUGGUCUUGGGCAUUUGGAUGCUGGCCAUGUCCAUUUUGUCAGCCAUAAUCAUCACGCUGGGCUUCAUCGUUUGGUGCGACGGCAUGACCGAGCGCUUCCCGUCCUGCGCUAUUUCCGCCGGCCAGAACAUCAUCCGCGGUGACACCGAAAAGAUUAACACUUCUGGCUUUUACAUCGAAAUGGGCACCACUCAGUUUGGUGCCUGGGGAUCGUUCGCAAUAUCCGUUGGCAUCGGCGUCAUCGCAUUGUUAAAGCUCAUCGACAACCAUCAGGUGCGCAACAUCAAGGUGUCCAUGUAUUUGGAGCGCCAGCGUCUGGUGAAUCAGCAGCAGUACGACGGCAGGUCAACUCCCCCCAUUGCCUCGAACAUCUCGUCCGACUCAGAGCAGAACAAAUAGUUGGCGUUUGUUGUCAGCAAUAGCCAGCAAUUCGUAAUUCUCUACGUAUUCCUCAUGAUUUGCGUUUUAAUCAUUAUCUGUCAUUUGGUCCUCGUCCUUAUCAUCGAGGCAGAAACCCAUCAGCGACACAACCUUUAUAUGUAGCGCAGUUUAAAAGCUAAUAUGUGAGCACUUACUAAAGAUAUUAGAGCUAUGAUUGAGCCAAGUUUACGUGAUAUGUAUUGUAUAUAUGUAUGUAUUUAAUCGAAUAUUCCAUGUUACUCAUAGUAAAAUAAAAUUAUGAUUAUUUAAA